AUGCAGAUCUUCGUCAAGACCAUCACCGGGGAGACGCUCACGCUCGAGGUCGACAGCAGCGACACGGUCGACGCCGUCAAGGCCCAGAUCCAGGACAAGCAAGAAACCAUCCUCACCGCCGACGACGACCUGCAUCAUCUUCCGUCUCUCGUCUUCGCCGGGAAGCAGCUGGAGGCCGAGGACGGUCGAACGCUUGCCGACUACGGCAUCAGCAAGGAGUCGACGCUGCACCUCGUGCUCGGCCUCCGCGGCGGCUACCGGCCUGGCCGGGGGGUCUACCCCAAAAUCGAUCCCAACCUCCGAGCGCUUGCGCUCAGCCACAACGAGACCAAGAUGAUCUGCCGAAAGUGCUAUGCGCGGCUUCCUCCGAGGUCUACCAACUGCCGCAAGAAGAAGUGCGGCCGCAGCAACGACCUAAGGCAGAAGAAAUCGUUUCGAUGGUGA